AUGACCUGUGGAUUCGGUCCCCGCGCCUUCAGCUGCGCCUCCGCCUGCGGGCCCCGGCCCGGCCGCUGCUGCAUCACCGCCGCCCCCUAUCGCGGCAUCUCCUGCUACCGCGGCCUCACCGGGGGCUUCGGGAGCCGCAGCGUCUGCGGGGGAUUCCGCGCUGGCUCCUGCGGACGCAGCUUCGGCUACCGCUCUGGCGGCGUGUGCGGGCCCAGCCCUCCCUGCAUCACCUCCGUGUCUGGGGCGGCGGUGAUGCAGCAGCGGCCGGGCCGGGGCCCGCAGGCGGAGGCGCAGCUGAAGGCGCGGCCACAGUAA